ACGAUAAGAGUUUAAAUCGCCACAGAAGUAAAUUUUCUCAUUGGAACCUCUCUCCCUCACCUACCCUCGCGUAUAUCUAUAUAUAAUUUCUCGGUUUGACAAGGGAAAAAAAAGCUGUAAUAGGAGGGAGGGAGUGAGUGAGGAAUCUGAAAACCCUGCUCCAAUCGAUCGCUCAAAAACAAGAGAAGAGAGAUCGAAAGACUCUUUUUCUUGGUAAUUAUUUCCAAUUAAAGUUACUCUCCUUAUUUUCUUUUAGGGUUUUAUGGAUUUGUUGUGAAAGUUUAGGGUUUUUUUUUUUUUUUCUCUCCUGUUUCAAAAUCUCUCGAGAGGCUGCGUUUUUCACCACUGAGUGGCUUUGAGCUCUAUAUUCUCGAUCUGGAGAAGAUUCGAAAGUAAGGUCGCUUGAGUUUUCUGGGUUCGUUUUCUGUGACCUAAUAAUAUGCUUCCUCUUUCGCUACUUAAGACUGCACAGGGCCACCCAAUGUUGGUGGAACUGAAAAACGGGGAGACUUACAACGGACAUUUGGUCAAUUGUGACACUUGGAUGAACAUCCAUCUCCGUGAAGUUAUCUGUACCUCUAAGGAUGGAGAUAGGUUUUGGAGAAUGCCUGAAUGCUAUAUACGAGGAAAUACUAUUAAGUAUCUUCGAGUUCCUGAUGAGGUGAUUGAUAAAGUUCAGGAAGAAACCAAGAGCCGCACAGAUCGGAAGCCACCUGGGGUGGGUCGUGGAAGAGGAAGAGGUAGAGAGGAUGGCGGGAGGCCAGUGAAAGGCAUUGGGCGUGGCCUUGAUGAUGCUAAGGCUGCUGGUGGAGGCCGUGGCAGAGGUGGCUUAGGUGGAAAGACAGGUGGAAACAGAGGUGCAGGCCGGGGCAGGGGGUGAUCCAAGAGAUGGUAUCCAACAACUUCGGGCCAGUUGCUGUUUUUAGAGGCAUUGUGUGCCCAACUUUUAUGUGAAAUGUUAUUACUUAGGUUAAUUGUCCAGAAUGGCUGGUUUAUAAUGUGUUUCAAAUGUAGUUAAUUUCACUUAAAUAACUAGAGUGCUGGUGUUGUUAUGCUUCUCUUGUGAACCACCAUUAUAUAUUGUUUCUUUGUUCUCUUGCUAGUGGAGUUCAUUCUGGUAUAUGGUUUGAGACAACCUAUUAUUUAUUUAUUUAUUCACUA